GCCAUAGACAUGUCUUCCUCAACCCCAUUAAUGGGUAUGAGUUCGAUGGCUAUGGUGUUCUUUACCUCAAUCCAUACACCACUGUAUUCGAGUGCCUGGACACCUAGCAACGCGGGCCAGUACGCCGGGACAUGCAUAUUCCUCAUCACGCUUGCGGCUAUCUUUCGAGCGCUCCUGGCGAUUCGC